CACCCUGAUGCUGGCAGGGGUCUGGUGCCACUGGGGCACCCUGGUGCUGGUGGAGCGCCAGGCACUGGCAGGUUUUGCGUGCUGGUGCUGACAGGGGUCUGGUGCCAGUGGGGCAGGGGUGGUCAGUGUGGCACCCCACAGACACCAGUGGGGGUCUGGCAGGGUCUGAUCCCAGCUCUCCACAGGGUCCACGCCUUCCUGGAGCAGUGGGGCCUCAUCAACUACCAGGUGGACGCCGAGAGCCGGCCCACCCCCAUGGGCCCCCCGCCCACCUCCCACUUCCACGUGCUGGCCGACACUCCCUCGGGGCUGGUGCCGCUGCAGCCCAAGACGCCCCAGGGCCGGCAGAGCGACGGCGACGCCAAGACCGGCCGCAAGAGCAAAGAGAUCGAAGAGCUCGUCAGCGAGACGGUGAAGGGGAAGCCGGAGCUGCAGCCGACCUCGGCCUCGCAGCAGAUGCUGAACUUCCCGGACAAGGGCAAGGAGAAGCCGGCCGACAUGCAGAACUUCGGCCUCCGCACCGACAUGUACACCAAGAAGAACGUCCCCUCCAAGAGCAAAGCCGCUGCCAGCGCCACGCGGGAGUGGACGGAGCAGGAGACGCUGCUGCUGCUGGAGGCCCUGGAGAUGUACAAGGACGACUGGAACAAGGUGUCCGAGCACGUGGGCAGCCGGACACAGGACGAGUGCAUCCUGCACUUCCUGCGGCUCCCCAUCGAGGAUCCCUACCUGGAGGACUCGGAGGCGUCGCUGGGACCACUGGCCUACCAGCCCAUCCCCUUCAGCCAGUCGGGCAACCCUGUCAUGAGCACCGUGGCCUUCCUGGCCUCCGUCGUCGACCCCCGCGUCGCCUCCGCCGCCGCCAAAUCGGCUCUGGAGGAAUUCUCCAAGAUGAAGGAGGAGGUGCCCACGGCGCUGGUGGAGGCCCACGUGCGCAAGGUGGAGGAGGCGGCCAAGGUGACGGGCAAGGCCGACCCCGCGUUCGGGCUGGAGAGCAGCGGCAUCGCCGGCACCACCUCGGACGAGCCGGAGCGGAUCGAGGAGAGCGGGGCGGAGGAGGCGCGGGCCGACGCGCAGCCGGCCGAGGAGAAGAAGGAGGCGAAGGAGCCCAGGGACGGCACCACCGAGGAGGAGGCAAAGGAGAAGCCUGGGGAAACACCCAAGAAGGAGGAAGAGAAGGGGAAGGAGGUGGAGGGCGAGAAGGAGCCCGACAAGGGUGACAGCGAUGGUGCAGGAGAGCCAGAGAAGGAGAAGGAGGUGAAGGAGGGGCCAGAUGAGGCACCCAAGGAGCCUCCGGAGCCUGAGGCCGAGCGCAAGGCCAAGGUGGAGCGGGACAUCGGCGAGGGGAACCUCUCCACCGCCGCCGCCGCCGCGCUGGCCGCCGCUGCCGUGAAGGCUAAGCACUUGGCGGCCGUGGAGGAGCGGAAGAUCAAGUCCCUCGUGGCGCUGCUGGUGGAGACGCAGAUGAAGAAGCUGGAGAUCAAACUGCGGCACUUCGAGGAGCUGGAGACCAUCAUGGACCGGGAGCGCGAGGCCCUGGAGUACCAGCGGCAGCAGCUGCUGGCGGACCGCCAGGCCUUCCACAUGGAGCAGCUGAAGUACGCGGAGAUGCGCGCGCGGCAGCAGCACUUCCAGCACCUGCAGCAGCAGCAGCAGCAGCAGCCGCCCCCGCUGCCCCCGGGGGCUCAGCCCCUGCCCGCCGCCGGAGCCCCCCUGGCCCCCGCCGCCCACCCGUUGGCCGCGCCGCCCACCCCGGCCAUGGUGGGCCCCCCCGAGCCCGUGGGGCAGCCGCUGCCCGGGGCCCCCCCGCCGCAGCCGCCCCCGCCACCGGGAGCCCCGAACGUCCCCCACGCCCCGGCGCCGUUCCCCGGGCAGCAGCCGCCGUCCCAGAGCCUGGCGGGGACCCUCGGUGGCAGCGGCCACCCCGCCGUGCCCGGUAAUGCUCCCGCGGCCCUGCCCUUCGGAUUGCCUCCAUCCGCCAUCCCAUUGAGCAUGGCUAACCCCCCCGCCGACCCCCUGGGCGCCUCCUUCCCCGCUAACCCGCCCCCCCUCCCGCUGCAUGGGGCCCUGGCCAGCAGCAUGCCGGGGGGCGGGGGGCUGCCCCCCAACUCCCACCCACCCGGCCUGGCCCUGCCGCACCUCGCGGGGGGCUCGGCCGCCGCGCACAGCCCCGCCAUCGUGGCCGCCGUGCAGGGAAGCCUCCUUCCCAACCCCGGCCUCCUCGCAGACCAAGGCCCCCCCCUGCAGACGGACCCCAUCGCACCCACCCCCAGCACGGCCACGCCCGUGCCCCCCACGCAGUGAGCCCCGGCCGGGGCCCAGGACGCCGCAGCCCCCCCAGACCGGCCCCUCCCGCCCCUGCAAGGCACCCCAAAGGACCCCCUGCCCACCUCGACCGCCCUCCCUCCCCCCCAGCUUUGGUAUUUUUUUAUGAUUGUCCCAGAUUUUAUUUAAGUGUUGGUCUCCCGGGGGGGGCUGGGACCCUGCUCCCCCCCGGCUAUUUAUGAGACAGCUCCGAUCCCACCUGGCACAUGGGCAUUUCCCCCCCCCAAAACCAACCCCAACACCCACCCAGCUCCUUCUCCUCCUCCCCUUUUUGUUUUUUGGUUUUUUGGUUUUUUUUUUUUCUUUUCUUUUUUUAAAAAACCAAUAAAAAUAAAAUUCCAAGUCCCUGGGGCGGGAAGAAACA